CUGUGAUUGGCUGUGUUGACGUCGGUGGCCGCCGCGGCGCGCUCUGCGGACUGCGCUUCGCUGUUCAGCCGGGACGCGUUGGGCCGGGGGCGCGGGACUUGGCGGCGGUGCUCACUCAUGAGGAGCCGGAAGCUCACAGGUGGAGUGCGGUCUUCAGCACGCCUGAAAGCCCGAAAUUGUUCAGCAACCGGGUUGGCCUCUGCCCAGGAAGUCGCUGGUUCCACGUCUGCCAAGACAGCAUGUCUGACUUCCUCAUCCCACAAAGCCACAGACAGGCGAAUGUCCAAGAAGUUCAAGUGUGACAAAGGUCAUCUUGUGAAGUCAGAAUUACAGAAGCUUGUCCCUAAGAAUGACAGUGCUUCUUUGCCAAAAGUGACACCAGAGACCCCUUGUGAAGAUGAGUUUGCUGAAGGCAGGGCCUUGCUUCCAGGAGGUGAGGCUGGAGUUUCUGUGCAGCAGGAGGCUGCAAGUCUGCCCCUCGGUGGCUGCAGAGCUGUGAGUGACUCUCGCUUAGCAAAGACUGAUGGUGGCCUGUCCCUGCCGAAACACAGUGCCGGGGUAGGGGCAGAAGAAUCCAACAGCAGCUCCACUGUGCAGAAGCAGAAUGAGUCAGGGCUGGAGGCAGAGGACAUGAAGAAGCCACCACUUCAGAUGGACAACAGCAUCUUCCUAGAUGACGACAGCAAUCAGCCAAUGCCCGUGAGCCGCUUCUUUGGAAACGUCGAACUCAUGCAGGACCUCCCACCUGCGUCUUCAUCUUGUCCUUCAAUGAGCAGACGAGAGUUCAGAAAAAUGCAUUUCAGAGCCAAAGACGAUGAAGAUGAUGAUGAUGAUGAUGAUGAUGCAGAGAUGUAGAGGCUUUACAAGAUGAUGUCUUUGCGUGUUUAGUACCAUUAACCGUUUGACAAUUUAGCACGUUACUAGAUUUAUAUAAAAUGUAUCUCCAAGAGAAUGUCUUCUUGAUCACACUUCAGAACUAACCCAUCACAGUCAGUAGUGCAAAGCACCAAAUGCUUGUGGAAGAUGCACUCAUGGGAGCUAACACUAAAACAGUCUUUGAAAUUGCAAAGCUGCUGUACUGUGCCAGUGGCCUUUCUUUGUUGUUGUUGUUUUUUUUUUUUUUGAGAUGAAGUUUCUCUCUCCGUCUUGCUCUGUCGCCAGGCUGGAGUGCGGUGGCUCGAUCUCGGCUCACUGCAGCUUCCGCCUCCCGGGUUAAAGCGAUUCUCUUGCCUCAGCCUCCCUAGUAGCUAGGAUUACAGGCAUGUGCCACCAUGCCCAGCUAGUUUUUGUAUUAUUAGUAGAGACAGGGUUUUACCAUGUCGGCCAGGCUGGUCUCGAACUCCUGACCUCAGGUAAUACACCUGCCUCGGCCUCCCAAAGUGCUGGGAUUACAGGCAUGAGCCACCGCACCCGGCCAGUGUCCUUUCUUACCCACGUGCAUACAUGAGGGCUUGAGUCAGCUGCAGGGCAGGGGCUCACUGAGAGGGAUCUUUGUAAAGACAGCUCUUCACUUCAGCUCGGUAGCUUUAGUUUGUUUUCCGUUGUCAUAAUUUGAUCAUUCUUGUGAUGAAUCAAAUGCUAGUUCUUAAAGAACUCUUUUAUUUCUAUAUGUGGAGCUAAUGUUUACCUUGGAAAUUUUGCAAAAUACAUGUAAAAAAGAAAUAAAAUAUAUUUUGAAA